UAUAUAUAUAUAUAGCGUUUGCUAAAUGACGCUGACUGCGAUGUAAUCUACUUGAGUCCGGGGCAGAACGGUUUGAAUUGAAUCGGAUCGAAUUUCAUCAAUUUUCUAAAGCAGCGUAACAGUUUUUAGUGAAAGUCCAUACAAAGUACUAAAUCAAACGAGAUUUUUUGUACAUUCGUCUACAUUGCUUGCAAAAUUUUAGAGAAUUAUUAUUCCAAUGCAUGCAGAAUUAGUUUACCUAAUGGCGCCUCCACGUCGUUCAGAGAUCUAUAUCGAAAACAAAGAAAGCACGGACUCGUGUUUCAUAAAAAAGUAAGAGGUGCGUGCGUUUGUUCGACAGUACAAAUUUGGCGUGAGUCGCCGAUUUUCAGUGUAAUCACGUAUCGAUGAUAAAUUCGUAGACACGAAGCAUGGUGGGCUUUUUAAAGGUGGGGCUCUGGUAUAAUACAAACGUAAGAGUCGAGCACUGGGUAGUUUCGCAUUGUCUAGUUCAACACAAAGAAUAUAUCCGUCGCCAUGGCCGAUCCUCUACUCCUAUUUUAUUCAUAUUUUCAAGAUUGCCUAAUUAUGAUUGUGACAACGAUGGUGGGAGCGAGCAUAGUGAGGUACAUUGUGAACAAGAAGAGAAUCAUUGAACUUGCUAUCAAGCUUCCCGGUCCUCGAGCGUACCCCAUUAUUGGAAAUGCGUUGAAAUUCGCAUGCGAGCCAGAUCAACUGCUCGAACGCAUUGUGGAUGUCAUCGCGCCGUAUGCUGAUGUGACACCAAUGAGAUUAUGGAUGGGCCCAAUGUUAUACGUUAUUAUCACGGAGCCACGUGACAUCGAGGUAGUGCUUAACAGUCAGCAGGCGACCAGCAAAGGCAGCGCUUAUAAAUUUUUGUAUCCUUUUAUUGGCAAUGGGCUGAUUAGCGGAUCUGGAAAAUCAUGGAAAGCUCACCGGAAAAUAAUAUCGCACAUUUUAAAUCAACGAACACUGGAUUCUUUCAUUGAAACGUUUGAUCGGCGUAGUAAAGAAUUCGUGAAAAAAUUGGAACCAUUGGCAAACGGAGAAGUAUUCGACAUUUUUCAUUCCUUAGAAGGUUGCACAAUCGAUCUGGUUUGCGAAACUGUAAUGGGAUAUACGGACAUCAAUGCUUUAGACAACCCUAAUAAAGAAUUUGUGCACUAUACCGCUGAAAUGUACAAAAUCAUUCACAAUAGAAUGAUGAAGAUUUGGUUGUAUCCCGAUUGGAUUUUUCGAAUAACGAGUAAUUAUUCUAACCAGAAACGAGCACAAACAAUGAUACACAAUUUUACGGAACGUUGCAUAGAAGCUGGAAGACAAGAUAUGCUUAAAGAAAAGAGUAAAACAUGUAUAUUACAUAGACUAUUAACCGUGAAUAGCGUAACAAACGAAUUGACUGAGGAAGAAUUGAGAGAUGAAAUUUAUACAAUUUACAUAGCGUCUCAAGAUACCUUGGCAGUAACGAGCAGCUUUGCAGUUUUAAUGCUGGGAAUUCAUGGGGAUGUUCAGAAGAAAGCCAGAUCUGAAGUGGAUGAAGUCAUUGGAGUCGGGGACGUGAAUAUUGAAUCCUUGUCAAAGCUAAAGUAUCUUGAAAUGGUAAUAAAAGAAACUCUGCGUCUUUUUCCAAUUGCGCCACUGAUGGUACGCCAGCUGAAUGGAGAAUUGAAGCUAGAUAAUAGUAUAUUACCAAAGGACUGCCAAGUAGUAAUCGCUCCGUACGCUACGCAUCGCAGUUCAAAGUUUUGGGAAAAUCCUGAAAAUUUUCUUCCCGAACGAUUUGCUAUCAAGGAGACUGUGAAAAGACAUCCUUACACUUUUAUUCCAUUUAGUGGUGGUCCAAUGGGAUGCAUCGGUCAAAAAUAUGCAUUAACGGCACUAAAAAUGAUACUAGCUAAUAUUCUCCAAAAAUACGUUGUAGAAUCAGAUGUUACACUGCGUGACAUUAAAUUAAAAACGGAUAUUUCCAUUCGUUCAAUGAAUGGAUAUAAAAUAUCGUUACAAGCACGAACGAAUAUAACGAAGUACUUAUAAAUAUGUUAGAAAAUAUUGUACAUAAUUAUGUAUUAAUAAAUUGUAAUUUUAUUUUGAUUGUUUUUA